AUGAGCGAGUUAACAAAAGAAGUUUCCGAGGAACCAUCCAUAGAACCACAAGUGCAGGAACUAACUGCAGAAAUUGACCUGCUGCAACCAAUUGACCUGUCAACAUCAGCCAAUGCUCAUUCAUACUCCACCAGGUCUAAACAUCGGGCACAACAAGAUGAGCAUGAGCUUAAAUCAAAAUUAAAACAAAAGGAGCAUAAUGUUGUGGUAUACCCUCGCUUAAAACCAAUUCCAUUCAAGCAUCUGGAUUUGCUAGUUAAUUCGGUUCAGCCUUCGUUUACUGAAGCUACAACAGUUCGUGACAUGAAAUUUUACCAAUGCGAAGAUCUACCAAUUAAUAAAAGAGGCUUCAAAUACAAGCCAUGUAGACCUAAUCCCGAAUUUCAGUCAAAUUUGUAUUCAACAACAGACAUUCCACCAUAUCACGUUUGUGUUGAUUUGUUUGACAGAUCUCCCGGAAUUAUCUUCGAUAAUGAUCUAACUACAGUGUCCACCUUGCAAGGCUGGAGAUCAGCCAGAGCAAAUGUAGGAAUACGUGAAGGAAGCUAUUACUUUGAAUUUGAAAUCGUGAAUUCUUGUGAAGAUAAUAGUCAUGUCAGAAUAGGAUUAGCCAGACGUGAAGCAAGUUUAGAAGCUCCAGUAGGGUUUGAUGCUUAUAGUUACGGAAUUCGUGAUAUAAGCGGUGAGUAUAUAACUACAAGUCGAAGAAAAACUGUUUGCAUUGACCAGGGAUUUAAAUCUGGUGAUGUUAUUGGGUUUUUAGUCGAACUUCCGUCCUUGUCAAAACAUAAGCAAGCUGUUGCUAAGUUUGUUGAAGAGAAAUUAAUAGAAGCAAAAGUCAACCCUAAUAAAGAAACUGGUAAAAAGAAGAGAAAGACAACAAAGAAACCUGUGGACUUACAAGAAAAUGUCAAGUUUAAUAUCCAUGACAAUAUUAUUCGUGAUCAAAUUCCAAUUAGAUAUAAAAAUUCUUUAUAUUAUGAACAAUUUGAAUACACCACUACCAAAACUAUGGAUCAUUUACUUAACCCUAUAACUGUUUUUGGAGAAAAAGCAGUCUUGGAAAAUGACGAUAAGACAAAAUCUAUACCAAUCAUACCCAAUUCAAGAAUAAGAUUAUUCAAAAAUGGAAUUGAACAACAGGAAAUUAAAGACCUUUAUUCAUUUUUACCUACAAAUCUCGAGCACACUGAUGAUUUAAGUCUUUCUGCAAAUUUGAAUCAACAGCAAAAUCCAAAUUAUAGAAACAGUGAUGAUGGCACGUUAGGAUAUUAUCCAAUGUUAUCAACAUUUCAACAUGGUGUUGUUAAAUUGAAUCCAGGACCAGAUUUCAAGUAUCCACCAGUCACUAGUGUUAAACCACUUUGUUCAAGGUAUGACGAAACAGUUGUUGAGGAAUGGUUAUGGGACAUUAUUGAUGAGGUUGAAGCUGAAUAUUUAGAUAGUUUUGAAUAG